CCAAGUUAGUGGCGAACAUGGCGGACAUGAUGGCGGCAAAGUUUGUUGUCUGAAUAAAGUGAUGUGCUCAGCAAGCCUCCAUUAACGAAAAAGUGCAUUCGGACAGCUCUUUCACUCGACCAAAUUAACGCCUGAUUUGCCGAAUAUGGAAGGCACACCACCCGCUGUUCGCCGUGGUCUCGUGCCUCUGCAAGAGUACCUGUUGCAGGGUAGCAUUAUGGACGGCGCCUGCGAAGUGCUUCUCCACAGGCUUCGAGGACUCUGCGACAACUCGGACUCGCCGAUCGAAACGUUUCAGGACUACGAAAUGGUUUUUCAGAUUAGAGGUCCCACAGGAACACCGCUCUCUGUGAGAGCAAGACAAUCACUUGAUAGCCCACAAAUGCCAUGGCAUCUACGCUACUUGGGGCAACCAGAAGUUGGUGACAAAAGCAGACACACUGUUGUGAGAAGCUGUAUAGAUGUCAGCACAUCCAACAAUGUUGUGAACUUUCUCAAUGAGAUGGGUUUUCGGUUAGAUUUUGAAUUUGUGCUGAAAGGACAUAUGUUCCAAAAGGGACGCAUGAAAGUCAUCGUUGCCAAGGUGUUCCGACUGAUUCAGCAAGGGAACCCUGAGAGCAUAGAACCAGUCUCAAACUCCCACAUCAUCGAGCUGAGUGUUCUAGCCCCAACAGGGCAGGAAUCAUUGGGCGAUGAGAUGAAGGCAUUUGCAGACCAGCUGAAACCCCUUGUGGAGUUGGAGAAGAUUGAUCACACAAGACUUCAACAUAUUUAACACCGGUGAUUGAAGCCUACAGCUAUUCUCACUACCCUGUACAUAGACUUUCAUGUGCAUAAUAAACUUUUACAUUGUUUGCUGUA